GCUCGCUCGCUCACGGGCAAAGCAGAAUCGCAAAACCCUCUCCCCUCUCCUUUGCCCCUCUCCUCCUCCGCCCACCACAAGCGAAAUGCUCCGACGCCUCGCCGGCGCCGCCGCGGCGCCCCUCCGCCGCUCCCUCUGCACGGCCGCGGCGGCCUCCUCGCCCCCUCUUCGCCCUCCAUGGGCCAUGCUCUACGCCAAGCCGGCGCUGGACGCGUCGGGGGCGCCGUCGCGCGCGUCCCUCGACCUCCACGAGGACCUGUGGGCCCAGCUCUCCGUCCCCGCCCGCCUCGUCGUCCCCGACGCCGGCGACGCCGCGGACUUCUUCGCCGGCGCCGUCCGCGCCGCGACCCCCGACGGCCUCCUCCUCCUCGACUUCUCCGACACCCGCUGCCGCGCCCCGGUCGACCGCACCUUCCGCCCCAGCUGGCUGGCCGAGUUCGACGCCGCCGCCGAGUACGCCGGCGAGCCGGACGUCGCGCGCUUCGUCUGCAACCCUCUCAGCGGCCAGCUGCUCCGCCUCCCUGCCCCGGGCGCGGAGUUCGCGAGGUCGUCCACCGCAGGCUGCUCCACGGGCUUCGGCCUGCUCACCCAGUCCGAGGGCUCCCGCGGCCCGCCCGACAGGUACGUGGUCGCCCAGCUCAGCCGCAGCCGCCGCGGGGGAGCGGACCACCCCGUCGUGCGCCGGUUCCUGUCGGAAACAGGGGAGUGGGACGAGCGGCGGUUGGCCGGCCCGUCCGUGCCGGCUAGCCGGGACAUGCGCAUAGACCCGAACCUCGAGGUGGUGGCAUUCGGCGACAGGCUGUGGUGGCUCGACCCGACCUGGGCCGUCUGCUCCGUCGACCCUUUCAGCGACCAGCCGGAGCACCGCUUAGUCGAGCUGCCCCCGGCCAGCGUGCUGCCUGACCUGAUUGACCUGGCGGGGACACCGGUGCUGGGCAGGUACCGCCGUCUCGGGGUGAGCGAGGGGAAGCUGCGCUACGUGGAGGUGUCUAACAGCAGGAAGCCAUUCGUGUGCAGCUCCUUCUCGCUCGAUGAGAAGGGCUGCUGCUGGACGCUGGAGCACAAGGUAGCAUUCAAUCCUGUUCUCCCUGAAAGGUGCAAGGUUCUGGAAGACCACAUACCGUGCAUUGCCGCCAUCGAUCCAUUCCGGGCGAACUUUCUGUACCUCAUCUAUGGUCACUUUCUUAUUGUUGUGGACAUGGCUAAGGGGAAAAGCUUAGGGGGGCAGCAUCUUCCAGAAAGAGCCGGCGAUCAAACCCUGUGCCCCUCUGGUUUUCUUGUGCCCUGCAUGCUCCCAACAUGGCUAGAGUCGAGCUACAUCCCCUGUGCAGGAACCCUUUCGAGCAAGAAGACCAAUUCCAAAAGGAACAGUUUGGCAGAGACGCUGGUUCGUGCGGACAGGGGGCAGAAAAAUUGAAGUGCGCCAGCUUAUCUGCGGGUUCUCAAAAUUGUGAGGUAGGAGUUGUUUUGGAGGACUAAGAAAUUGAUGGUGGUAGACUGGUAGUUCCUGAACUCCCGUUUUGGGGGAGUGCUGUGAGAAGUUUGGGUUUGUCAGGCUUUGCUGAUGCGCCUCCUCUACCAUGGUUUGUGCAAAAUCUGCAAAUGUUUUACAUAUUUUCGCUUUGCUUGUGGACCCGUUGAGUUUUUAGACUUUUUACUAAUGUGGCUCUAUUCUGUCGGCAAUUCAGCAUGAAUCGAAUGCCAAUAACUGCAUUAUAUGUCUUUUUAACGUCGAAUGGAUCAGUAGCUUUAGAAGUUAGGAUUAUGAAUAUUUAUGGCCUUGACUAUUACCGACAACUACUGUUCUGAGUACAUUGUGGAAUCUGGAAUGUUAUUUUAAAUUGAGAUUGCUUUUCUUUGAAUUGAAUGGGUCUGUAAGCUUAAACCAAUGUGUUCUUGCAUUGUUAUCCAAUCUGGAGUUUAGCUUAUCCUUGUCAUUGACAUGUUGAUAAAAACCUGUGCAUUGGAAAGGUUAAGCUGCUCUUAAGUGUGGCUGAUCUUGGAAUCCUGAUGUGUACGUACUCUGCAGUCGAUAAGUCUGGCCUGUAUGAUGUAUGCUAGUUUUCGCCUUGCAUU